AUAGUCCUUCGACAACUUUCUUGAACCCUUGAGAACAACAGGGGUUGGCAAUUCUUGUACAGAUUAACAAGAAGCAAUGUGUACGGGGAUGUUAUGCACUCGAUCGUUGUAGAACUUGGUGUUUCAUCGUCUCAAACGUGUCAAUGCAUCAUUGUACAGGUUCAAUUUUGUCUUCGCUUUAUAUCUUUCGUGGAAGUGGAUGAACGAUGCUGUUGAUAGUGGCAGAAUUGGGAAGUUCGUGUCGAUGUGUGGUCGCCACCUGCUUCUUCGAUUUAGGACUUGGAGCUUUUGAUGUCGGCGUCGCUGUCGGCAGCUUCUUCCUUUUAUGGCCUUGGAAGAGGAAGAAUCCUUCUACAUGGGCUCUCCAAGUCGUCCUGCUGCCUCUCCAUGUCCCACCUCAAGCAGCACCUCGCACGGAUCAUCGUCGCCGGAGCCUCCGGGCACCCGUCCGCCCUCGCCUCCCUCCUCUCCUUCGCGGCCACGUCCCCCCACGGCGACCUCCGCUUCGCCUCCCUCCUCUUCGCCCACGCCCCCAUCCCCGCCCGCUUCGCCUACAACUGCAUGCUGCGGGGCCUCGUCGGCGCGCGCCUCCCCGGCGGCGCCCUCCUCUUGUAUCUCCAGAUGAACCGUGGUUGCGUGGCCCCCGACCGCUUCACCUUCCCCUCCGUCCUGAAGGCCUGCUCGCUUCUCCCCGCCGCCGCCGCCGGCGAAUCUGUUCACGCGAGAAUCUUCCGCCUCGGUUUCUCUUUGGACGCCUACGUCCGGAGCGGCUUGGUCAGAAUGUACUCCGAGUUCGACCAAGUCGCUGCCGCUCGACGGCUGUUCGAUGAAAUCCCGGAUAGAGAUGUCGUUUUGUGGAACUCGAUGAUCGGAGGGUACGUCAAGUGCGGGGAUAUCGCGUACGCUCGCCGACUGUUCGAAGAGAUGAAACAUAGAAAUGUUGGGACGUAUAAUGCACUCCUGGGGGGCUAUGCAAAGUUUGGUUUCAUGGAUAGCGCUUCUAGGCUUUUUGACGAAAUGCCUGAGAGGGAUGUUGUCUCGUGGAACACGAUGAUUGGAGGUCACGCUAGGUCGGGAGCCAUUAAGGUUGUGCGAGACCUGCUCGCCCGGGCGCCACAGAAGAAUGCCACUACGUGGAGCGCCGCGAUAUCGGGGCUGGCGCAGUGUGGCAGGUUCAAGGAUGCACUUGAUCUGUUCAAGGACAUGUUGGUCGAGGUGCCACGGCCUAACCAGUCUGCUUUGGUCAGCGUGCUUUCAUCUUGUGCCCAUCUGGGCACUCUUGAACAGGGCAUAUGGAUUCACAGGUACAUCACCAGGCAAGAGAUCGAGGUGGACGAUUUUCUCGGCUCGUCGCUCAUGGACAUGUAUGCCAAAUGUGGGAUGCUACAAGGCACCAAGCUGGUGUUUGACAGAUUGGAGAAGAGACAUGUUUGCUCUUGGACCUCGAUGAUCUAUGGAUUUGCCAUGCACGGGCGUUCCCCAGAGGCAUUGGAAACUUUCAGAGAGAUGGAAAGAUUAAGGAUUAAACCCAGUGAUGUUACAAUCAUAGCUGUAUUAUGUGCUUGCUCUCAUGCAGGAUUAGUAGAGCAGGGACUUAACAUAUUUAGUCGGAUGCAUCAUGACUAUGGAAUAACACCAAAGAUUGAGCAUUAUACUUGUAUGGUUGGUAUUCUCAGUAGGGGGAAUUUGAUAGAGGAAGCCCUGGAGGUCAUCAAAUCCAUGCCAAUGGAACCCGACGAGUUUGUAUGGGGAGCAUUGCUUGGUGGGCUCAGGGCAAACAGCCAAGACCAGUUGGGCAAUGAAGAAGAGUUGUCAUCAAAGAUGGUUGAUUUAAAGCCAAAAUCCAGUGGAGCUUACGUUCUUGUUGCAAACAUGUUUGCGUCGAUCGACCGGUGGGAUGAUGCCACAAGGAUGAGGAGAAUGAUGGUGGGACUCGGUGUGAAGAAGAACCCUGGAUUCAGUCUGAUUGAGGUCAAUGGAUGUUGUUCAUGAGUUUUUAGCUAGUGGUGCGGGAGGUUAAACAAGAAAUCAGAUCAAUUGGAGGAUAAGCUCAUCAAGAGAAUAGAAGUGUCCUAGUUGCCUGUGAUUGCAGCUUGUGAUCUCUUCAUGUACUCCUUUGCAAGCCUCAUCAAGGUUACCUGCCACCAGAGGUUCUUCUUUGUCUGCCAUCUUCAGCAGAUUUCACAGCAGACAUAGUCACAUUUCCAUGAUCGGAAAUCUUAGCUGAUGAAUUCUCGGACAAUGCUUUUGCCAGCAGCUUUUGCAAAGGCAUCCAUCUUGGUCAGGUUUGAAGUAAUAUCAGUUGAUGCAACAGGCUUGGCAGCAGCUUGAGCCUUCUAAUCUUGUGUUCCAAUAGUUCUUUAUAGCUAGGUGAGUUCUUCCAGGCAGCAUAGAAGCAAUCACAGACCAACUUAUUCAACAUCCAGUGGAAAAAGGAUGGAUUAACAAAUAACCACUAGCUUUGCUGAAUUUUUUAUUGUAGAUUUAUUAUAUCAUUUUUUAUAUUUAUACAUUGAAUUUAGAUUUCAUUUGCAGACUAAAUGCAGCAUAUAGUUGUUAGACUUGUUUGAAACUAUUUUAGAGUAAGUAUGCUUUAAGUUUUAUGCAAAUUACCAACUCCCAAUGUUGUUGUGGAGAGUGUAUUA